AGGACACGGGAUGGAGGGAGCGUGACAGCAGCAGAAAAAGAGGGAGAGAGAGAGAGAGAUCGCGCGGGACGGGAAAGGCACGGGGGACGAUCAGGGGCUCCGCGGAGUGCCAAAAAGAAGAAGAAGGAAAAAAGAGAGAAAGAGAGAGAGAGAGAGAGAGAGAAGAGAAGAGGCCGCGCCAUGUCGGAAGGGAUCGAUUCUCAGCCGGUGGCCCUCGGGGCGUCCCGGGUGGAACUCCGAGUCUCUUGCUGGAGCCUUCCGGAACGGGAGAGUGGCGUCAAACCGGAUCCGUGCAUGAUUCUCCAGCUGCUCAGCGACGGGCAGUGGAAUGAGGUGGGCCGCUCUGAGGUCCUCCGUGAGUCCCAGAAUCCCGUCUUCGCUCACGUCUUUGCCCUGGAUUAUUUCUUCGAGGAGAUGCAGCACCUGAAGUUCGAAGUCUACGACGGCAAUGGAGAAAGCGCCGAAAACAUUGGGUUGGAAGAGGACGCCUUGCUUGGGGUCGUGGAGUGUACCUUGGGACAGAUUGUCUCGCAGACCAAGGUUACAAAACUGCUGGUGUUGACAAACGGAGAGAUUGUGGAGGAGUCAACCAUCACGAUUGAAGCUGAGGAGGUUUCGAGAACCAACGAAUUUGUGCAACUCCAGUUUCACGGGGAAGAGCUGGACGACAAGGACUUCUUCAGCAAGUCUGACCCGUUCCUGGAGAUCUAUAAGGUCAGCGCCAACGACACGGAGCAUCUUGUCUGGAGGACAGAGGUGGUCAAGAACAAUCUGAGCCCCCGGUGGGAAUCAUUCCGUGUCUCCCUGCAGUCGCUGUGCAGCUGUGACCCUGACAAGACCAUCCGGUGUGUCAUUUAUGAUCAUGACUCCAGCGGAAAGCACGAUUAUAUUGGUGAAUUCAGCACCAACUUCCAGACGAUGUUACAGGCUUCCACGGGAGAUCAGGUGAAAUGGGAAUGUAUUAACCAAAAAUAUCUAGAAAAGAAGAAGCAUUACAAGAACUCUGGGUAUAUCGUUCUUACUCAGUGCAAGAUCGAGAAAGUCCACACCUUCCUGGAUUACAUUAUGGGUGGUUUACAAAUCUCCUUCACGGUGGCCAUUGACUUUACUGCCUCCAAUGGGGACCCUCGCAGUGAACAUUCCCUUCACUUCAUCAACCCUAAGGAACCCAACGAGUACCUGAAAACGUUGUCCUCCGUCGGCGAAAUCUGCCAGGAUUACGAUAGUGACAAGCGGUUCCCGGCUUUUGGAUUCGGUGCUCGGAUCCCGCCGGACUUUGAGGUCUCUCACGAUUUCGCGAUCAACUUUGACCCGGAGAACCCUGAAUGCGAAAGGAUCAGUGGUGUAAUCGAAGCCUACAAGCGCUGCCUGCCUCAGAUCCAGCUCUACGGCCCCACCAACGUUGCUCCCAUCAUCAACAAAGUGGCAGCCCCCGCUGCCGAGGAAGAGAAAACCAGCAUGCCCACGAAGUACCGCGUGCUUCUGAUCCUCACCGACGGCGUGGUGAGCGACAUGCCCGAAGCCUGCGAUGCCGUCGUCCGGGCUUCCCGCCUGCCUCUCUCCAUCAUCAUAGUGGGCAUUGGGAAUGCUGACUUCUCCGACAUGCGAGAGCUAAACGGGGACCGUGGGAUGCUAGAGAGCGAUGAAGGCCGAGCCGUCCGAGACAUCGUCCAGUUCAUCCCUGUCCGGGAAUUCAAGAAGGCUCCCGCCAACGCCCUCGCCAAGUACGUCCUGGCCGAGGUUCCGAAGCAGGUGGUGGAAUAUUAUGGGAGCAAAGGCAUCGCCCCAGGGACCCAGAGGUCUUCCUCCCCACAGUCCCAGUGAGAGACUCCCCAACACACCUUUCCACCCCUGGGCAUCCUUUGUCCAGCACCUUAAUGUGCCUGUUUCUCUACCCUGACACCUCUGUCUUGUAGCCUGUAGUCCCUUAGGGCCCCUCCUCGGUCUUUUAGAGCGGGGAAGAGAGAGAGAGAGAGAGAGAGAGAGCAAGAGAGAGCACUCCGCCUCUGGCCUCUUCCAGGCCUUCACCUCCGACUCAGGAUGGCAGCUGGAACGGCACUCCAUCCAGAUGUUCCCAGCUGUUUCCCCAUCUUCCCACCCGCCCCUCACAGACCCUCACCUCCUACUGCCUGCAGUGGUGAUUCCCAUGUCCUUUAAUAAACCAGCUCUC